AUGGCCGCACAAGCAAAUAAAACCGCAAUCAUAGGCCACCGAGGUUGGGCGGCCGGGCCCAUCGUCGAAGCUUUGGCAACUGCAUCAGUGCAGCCUAUCCGUAUCCUGUAUCGAGCCGGCUCACCCGUCGGAAAUAUGCCAAAGAAUGUCGAGUUAGCAGAAUAUUCUUGGGACCAAGAAUCGAGUCUUGAAACAGCUUUGAGGGGUGUUGACAUUCUUAUUUCUCUUAUCGGCCAUGAUGGGCUUCAUAUGCAACAGAAGCUGAUACAGCCCAUGAAAGCUGCGGCUGUGAAACUAUUCGCGCCGUCAGAUCUUGCUCUGCCAUACACAGCAGAGGAGAGUGCAACUGUUGCUGUCCCGAGAGAAAAAAAGGAACUAAAGCACGCACUUCAUGACGCCGGCAUACCUACCGUUACUGUUGUAAUUGGAAACUUCACGGCCUUCGCAUUACAAUCGCCUUAUAUAGGCAUUGACGUCCCUCAAAAUCGAAUUGUUUUCACCGGGAAUAGUAAGACGCAGCCCGUCUACCUCUGUUCUCGAAAGUACGUCGCUGCCGGUUACGCCUCUAUUUUCGUCUAUAACUCGCCUACCAGCUUGAGUGGCCGUACAAUAGGGUUGAAUGAGCUGCAUCCUACAGGUGCGGAGAUAGCUGCAGCGAUGGAGGAGCGUGCUGGACGACCUCCCCAGACUGCGGAGGAAAGCAUUGAGAACAUGAGAUUGCAGGCCUUGGAAGGUAAUUUGGCGGCCCUAGUUCGGAAGAAAAUGGGUGAAGGCACACAUGAUGUGGGGUCUGAUAUUUGGGAUGUGGCGGGGUAUCCGAAGACUACUAUCAGAGAGUUGAUUGUGGAUGGCAAAUUGGACGAGGAGCAGUCCUAUAUUCAGCCGAGCGAAGACACCUUGCAUCUCCUGGACAAAUACUUCGCUUAGGCUGACAGGUCAAAAUGUCUGCUUGAUUGUGGUUUCUCAUGGUGUUUCUCGCAUCUUUUGUACAGAUGCAAGAGAGCUUCAAAUUUCAAAUGGUUGAGAACCACUUUAGUUUCCCUUUUCCUCGAACCAAUACCCAGAAACUCUGCGGCCAAACGAAGUAGAGAAAUCUGCUGUAUCGAUAACUGUCGUACAAGAGACGCUACCAGCUCAUGGAUACUUCAUGUACCUAGCUAUGUACAAAGGCAUUCUUUCAAACAAAAUUGACAAAAGGUGUCCAUGCUUCGCUUGCUUUUGUAGCAUUGUGUCCUUGUUUUUAAACUCAAAGAUUACAGUGAAUCCAUUCAACAUUUGCAAACUCAGUGAGUUGCAUGUAACAUCAAUGCCCAUGCUUUUCCCUCUGGACUGCCAAUAGUAUAAAGUGUGUUGCUUCUGUAAGUGUAGGGGUCCACUGCAGGAGAAAUGAUACCGCUCUUCACAGAGCGUGAAACCGCGUCCAAGCUAGUCUUUGCCCAAGAAGUGUAUCGGCUCCCAAAAGUAGCGGGCGACAGAACUGCCAUUUGAUAUAUAUUAGAUCUAAUGUUUUAGAUUA